ACCUUUGAAUUCAUGAUGGUGUACCGCUUGAAAUGUGAUUCUAUUUUCAAUGUUGAACCAAUCCUAUAUUUUCCGCUACUUAUUAAUUUUUGGUCAAAAAGUAAUAUUUCUUCCUUUGUGGAUGGUUUAUAAAUGAUGUGCCGAAAAUAUACUCCUACUGUUAUGGGAGAGGAAAGGCGUCAUGUUGAUAAAUGAUGUAAUGAGAGGCAUUACUCAACUGCAAGCCUUCAAGUCCACUGAACAGACCUAAUAGAGUUAGUUGCAGCAUGGAGAAGAAAGUAUGCUCAGUGUUGGCGUUGAUUCUUUUCUUGGAAUUCACUGAUUCCAUUGAACUAAUAGUCCCCGAUGAGGUGACGGGGCAGCUGAGAAAAUCAGCCACCAUUCCUUGUAUCUACGUGCCAUCUGCUCAGUACAAUGUUAUAACAGUCACUUGGUACUUUAAUACACGCAAAGUACUUAUACAAAGAAACAAAAUAUCUGAUUAUAUUCCAAGUUUCUUAAAUCGUGGCAGAAUCAAUAUUAAUCGCAGUCCUGGAGAUGUUUCACUUGUCCUGAAAGACCUGGCCUACAGCGAUCGAGGAACUUACACUUGUGAAGUAAAGUGGCUGUCCAGUGAUAUGUUAAGAAGAACAAAAUUAAGUUUGGGUGUCAAUUUAAUAGUGAAACGUUUUCCUACCAACAUAACUCCAGUUGUUCUGUUCCCUACGGUCCUCCCUACCAGGGGUGAUUCUAUUAAACUAAUAGUUCCCGAGAAGGUGACCGGGCAGCUGAGAAAAUCAGCCACCGUUCCUUGUAUCUACAUGCCGUCUGCUCAGUACACUGUUACAGAAGUCAUUUGGUUCUUUAAUACACGCAAAGUUCUUAUACAUAGAGUUGAAGGAUCAGAUUAUAUUCCACUUUCCACCAAUCGGGGCAAACUCAAUAUUAAUAACAGUCCUGGAGAUGUUUCACUUGUCCUGAAAAACCUGGCCUACGGCGAUCGAGGAACUUACACUUGCAGAGUAAAGUGGCAGUCCAGUGAUGGAUUAAAUGGAACAAAAUCAAGUUUGGGUGUCACUUUAAUAGUUGUAAGAUAUAUUCCUACCACCACAUUUCCAGUUGACCAGUUUUCCGACAUCUUCUCUACCAGUGAAAUACUUCCCACUGGACCUCCAGCUACUUGGUAUACCCAUCCAACAAGUGCAAUUCUUUCCACUGAACCUCCAACUAGUCUGAAUAUCCAUCCAAUAAGUGCAAUUCUUUCCACUGAACCUCCAACUAGUCUGAUUACCCGUCCAAUAAGUGCAUUACUUUCCACUGGACCUCCAGCUGAUCUGAACCCUGUUUCUGUCAUUGGAUUCGGAAGUGCAAACAUCCCAAUUUGGGUGUUUGUUAUGACAAUUAUUCUCACCGUGCUCCUUUUUUCUGCUAUCAUUGUCUUCAUUUUGUACAGGAAAAGAGCAAAACCAGAGCACACAUAUGACUUUACAAGAUUUCGGUCUACAAUUCUUCCAUAUCGGGAAGUGCCUGGUACAGUUUCAUGUGAAAAUAAUGAGUACGAAAUAAUGACAAAAACAAACGAGUAUUCAGAAUUACAAAUGCAAUCUGCAUUUGGGUCUGGAUAACUGGAUGCUUCACCAUGAAGCACAACAUGUGCAGCUCUGCAGCUUCCGUGGAAAAUAAAUGUAUAUGCACAUGAUAUUCUGUUUAUUGCAGGACUCAACUACAUAAAAUGGCAAAAGCAAUUGUUUUGUUUCAAAGCUUUCAAAUAAACAUCUCUGACAGUUUCUGCUACUCCACCCAACUUUGAAUAUUUAACCUUGAAAAACCCCUAGGAAGUUUCAGUUUUCCUAUUUUAUCUACUGCCAUGCAUAGGCUCAGCUGAUUCAGAAAGGUUUCUUAUAAAAGGGAAUUGACCUGAAAUAUUAACCUUGUUUCUCUGUCCACAAAUGCUGCUUAACUUAUGGUAUUUGAAGCAAUUUCUGUUUUUAUCUUCAAUCUCCAACACCCAGCUUAUUUUCCUUCAGAGGUGCAAGAGACAGCAGAUGGUGGAAUUUGUAGCUGAACUAGGAGAGCUGCUCGAGGAACUCGUGGGUCAGGCAGCAUCAAUCUAGGGACAUCAACAGGCAACAUUUUAGGUCAAGACCCUUCAUUUAAAAAGAGUAUUGGGGAACGGACACAAAGUGCUUAAGUAACUCAGCUGGUCGGCAGCAUCCUUGGAGAAAAUGGUCGUGGGUCGAGACCCUUCUUCAGACUGAGUAUUGGGGAAGUUGCCAGUUUAAAAAGGUGUGGGGCGGGGGGGUAGAGUGUGGGGCAGGUUAGCAAGUAAUAGGUGGUAACAUUUGAGGACAGGUGGAUUGGCAGGUAACAGUCAAGUGGGGGGAAAAAGGUGGAGGUAGCAACAGAGGAUGGGAGAUGAGUGGGGAACAAAAGGCUGCAGAUUCUGCAGUCCGAUAGGAAGGAAGAUAAAGAGUGGAACAGAAUAGGGAGGGUAGGUGGCAGAUAGCGUCAUACAGCAUGGAAUCAGGCCCUUCGACCCAACUUAUCCAUGCUGACCAAGAUGUCCAGCUAAGCUAGUCCCAAUGACUAGCUUUGAUGGGAGUACGGAGAGAGGCGAGUGCUGGACAGUUGGGGCAUAAAGGGAUCCAGUGGGAGGAAUGUGGGGAGGGCAAAAAACAAAGUAGGGGUCUAGGGGGUAAGAUGGGUAAACGAGUGUGUGCGUGAAAGGACCUGGAUAGGUAGGAGGAGACAGGAACGGGAGUGUGGAUUCCUUGAAAUUGGAGAAUUCAGUCUUCAUGGUGUUUGGGUUGUUGACGACGCAGCAGAAUAGGAAGUGUUGUUCCUCUGGUUUUCAUUUCCUCACCCUGGCAGUGGGGGACGCUGACGACAGACAACACAUGGAGCCGGUAUUGAUUGGAUUUUUUAUAUUUUGUAUGGUUAUAUCGACCCUGCUCACUUUAUAAUAUAGAUGCUCAAACAAUUAUUUUAUAUGCAUACCUCAGAAUGAAUGGUGAAUUUAGCACAUGUGCAGAGUUUUAAACCUGCAAUAAAAGCCAGGUGCAGGAAUGCUAUCAAAUUGGUAUCUUUUGGUCUUUGUCACUUUGCUGCUUAAGGCACAAUAAUCUCUUCAAACUUUGAAUGUUGAAUGUAAUGGCAUGUUUGUAAUAAAUCUAUCUGACCUAUGAAGUUAAUAUUACCAUUCUUUUAUCUGACACUUCCCAGAAUGGUGCAAUUGUUAAUCAUCAGCAUACUAAUAAAAUAGCUUGCAUUUA